AGUGCGGCUUCGUCCUCCUCGACUUCGUCAGGUCGUCCUUCACUCCUCAACAAGCCUUCGUUCUUCACUCCUCAGUCCUCAGGGCUCAGUCCUCAGUCUCUCUCUCUCUCAAGUCUCAUGACUCUCAUCUGAAAUUUCAUGAACCCACUUCGAAUUUCAUAUUAAAAUUGAUGGGUUUUGCUUGAAAUUUAGUAUCUUACCUCUGUGUAGCUGUGUUUUUGCUUGAAAUUGAGGAGCUGGAGGUGUGGUGGUGUGGAGUGUGGACAUGCCGGGGUGAUGCCGCGUGCGUCUGUCAGUGUGUGAGUCUUCAUUUCAAUGAAAAUAUGAAAUUGCUUUGCUGUUUGAUUAUGUGGCUUGUUGGUUAUUUCAUUGUUUGAUUAUAUCAUUUAUAUGCUUGGCUUGUAGCUUGUUUGAUUAUCAAUUAUAUGAAAGAGUCAGAAUUGAGAAAGAUAGAAAGGGGUCAAACUGUCAAAAGGAAUUGUGUUUUGGUCAAUCACUAAAUUGGAUCAUGACUAUGUUUGGUAUGGUAAUUGGAUAAUUAUGUUUAGUCCAAUGAAAUUGCUUUCUUCAUCUAAUCAUUUGUUGUUUUGCACUUGUGCUUGGAAUGUAUAUAAUGAAAUGUCUGUUAGUGUGUAUAUUUGUGUUUGUAGUGAAAUGUGCUUAUUAUUCUAAUAUCGGUGCAUAUAUAAUAUUAUAGGUAUUGAUUUAAAUGACGGAUCACUGAAAAUUCAAGCAAUACAAAAAUCUUUUGAUUAUGAAGGUUGGAAUGAUAAAAAUAAAGGCGUAAGGAAGAGCCUCCCACUGGGUCCUAAACCUAAAAAAAGUUAGAAGUUCGCAAAAUUUUUAUGUACUUAAAAUUAGCCUAACCCAUUUCUAGAUCCUGGUUCCGCCACUGAUUGUGAGAUUACAUGUGUAUGAUUAGCCGAUUAGGAGUUCAAUUUGUUCGAUUGGGUUUGUGAGAUUACAGUUGAGUUCGUGAAGAUCGAGUUUUGGAGGGGAAAAUGACCUGGGUCAGUGGGUUUUGUGAAAUUUUGAUACAUACGCUUAACAAUUGGAUUUUUAGAGUUGGAGAGUGAGUUAAGCAAGAACUCAGAUGCUUCAAUGUUGAGGCGGUAAUGUAGAGUUGUGCUUUUAAAUGUAGAUUCCUAAUUGCCUUUGUUUCUGCUGUUGUACUUGCACAGGUUGUGAGUAUACAAGUUGUGAGUUGCAAAUCCUGUGUCUGACUGGUUGUAAAUACAAGUUCAUGUCAUGUUUAUUAUAUGCAAUGAACAAGCUGUGACACUGGAAUUGUUCUUAUGUUUAUUAUAUGCAGUGAACAAGCUUUGAGUUGCAGCUUGCUUUAAUGGAAAAGUAGAAAUGCAAAACUGAGAAAUUGCAGGAAUUUUUUUUUUUUUUUUCUUUUUUCGUUCGGGAUGUCCCGGAUUGGGCCCGGUCCCGGCCCGGUACCGUUCGGGUUCGGGAUGUUCGGGAUCAAUUCUCAAAAAGUGCCAUAACCGUACCGUAUUUUUUUUCCGGGCCCGGGAUCGGGAUUACCACAUUUUCUGCCCGUACCGUCCCAUGCCCAACCCUAACUGAUACUGCGCUCUGAAUCAAAUCACAGCGGGAGUUUUGAGAUUUUCUGGAGAAAAUUUCUCUAUCUUCGAAAUGCUUAAACCCUAAAGAAGUUGAGGAAGUUCCAAAACCAUGCACAGACCUCUAGCCAGGAUUCCAUUGCGCUCCAUUGCAGAAUCUUUUUCACACCUCCACCAUUGUUGUUAUUGUAGGGACGAAGAAUUGUUGCUGAGAGACUGGACUAUUCUCGAACUCUUACUAUUUCAACUGGUCGAGAUGUUUUAUGGAAUGGAGCAGAAUCAACUACGAUGAAUUUGCAGAUACAAAUUGUUAAGGCUCUGAAAUUGGGUAAAAGAGGCGAAGCCUCCAAUCUUCUUUUGAGUCUAGGCCAGGGAAAUGACGUUAAAGGAGCUGAUGAUUUCUUGCAUAUUCUAAAGUACUGUGCCAUGUCACCUGAUCCUUUGUUUGUCAUGGAAGCUUGGACAAUAAUGGAUGAGAAAGAGAUUAGUCUGAAUAGCCUUUGCUCCGCGCUUAUGGUGGAAGCUCUAUGUAAUGGAGGAUACUUGGAGGAGGCAUUAAAAUUGAUAAAUUUUCUUAAACAAAGUCAUGGUAUCUAUCCGGUUCUACAUGUCUACAACACUUUUUUGAAAGCUUGUACCAAAAUGCAAAGUAUGGUUUAUGCCAAUCAGUGUUUGGAAUUGAUGGAGCGACAAAAGGUGGGGAAGAAUGAAGUUACAUAUGCACUGCUUCUCAAGCUUGCAGUUUGGCAACAAAACCUGUCUGUAGCCCGUGAACUUUGGAAGGACUAUAUCAAACACUACAGUCUGAGCAUUAUCCCUCUGCAAAAGUUUCUUUUGUCCUUUAGUAAGUUGGGAGAUUUAAAAUCUGCAUGCAAGACAUUGCAAUAUAUGGUGGCUUUAGUCAUCAGCGGAAAGGCUUCUGUUAAUAAAUCUAUUAAGGGAAAGUUGUAUUCUUCAAGAUUGGACAUUCCUAUACCUUUGAACUGCGAAUUAGGCUUGAAGAAACUUAAUUUGGAGGAGAAUGAACAGUCUGUCCCUUCCAGAUACUGCGAGAAUUUGGAUGGCCAUGUUGUUAGUGCGGAUCAAUGCACUAGUUUUGGCUUGGGUAUUGGAGAAACUAAGAGUGUUCCAGCGGAUGGUUUUAAUAUUGAUAUAAGUACUCCUGUUAUGGAGCUUUUGAGAUGUUCGUUCACGAACUUGAUAUAUGCUUGUGCAGAAUUAAGAAAUGGUGGCCUGGCUGAGCAGUUAGUCCUACAGAUGCAAAAAUUGGGGUUUCAAAUAAAUAGCCAUGUGUAUGAUGGCUUAAUCAGAGCAAUUGUUCCAGAAAGAGGUUUCAGCAGUGGGAUGGAAAUUUUGAAAAGUAUGCAGCAGAGAAAUUUGAAGCCAUAUGAUCGCACUCUUGCAACCCUUUCAAUAGGUUGUAGCAAGGCAUUAGAAUUGGGUUUAGCUGAGACUCUGCUGGAUCAAAUAUCUGUGUAUUCACAUCCACAUGCUUUUAAUGCUUUUCUUGCAGCAUGUGACAUUAGGGAUCAACCUGAAAAUGCCGUGCGGUUGCUAGCUAAAAUGAAACAUCUACAAGUCACGCCAAAUAUAUGGACAUAUGAGCAGCUGUUUUCCUUGUUUGGUAACGUGAAUGCCCCAUAUGAAGAGGGCAACAUGUUGUCACAGGUAGAUGCUGCUAAACGGAUUAAAGCUAUAGAAAUGGAUAUGGCGAACUAUGGCAUUCAGCACAGUUUUGUGUCAAUGAAUAACUUGCUGAAAGCCCUUGGAGCAGAAGGGAUGACGAGAGAGCUGAUCCAUUAUUUACAUGUGGCGGAGAAUCUUUUUUGUCGUAAUCACAUUUAUCUGGGAACACCUAUCUAUAAUACGGUGUUGCAUUCACUUGUUGAGAGUGAGGAAAGCCAAAUGGCAAUUAAGAUGUUUAAAAACAUGAAGUCAUGUGGUGUCCCGGCAGAUGCUGCAACUUAUACUAUAAUGAUUAAGUGUUGUAAAAUUCUCAGAUGUUAUAGAUCUGCUUGUGCAUUGGUUUCUAUGAUGUUGCGAGAUGGCUUUUACCCUCUAACAAUAACUUACACUGCUCUCAUAAAGACUUUGUUGGAAGAUGAUAUCAUUGAUGAAGCACUGAAUCUUUUGGAUCAAGCCAGCUCAGAAGGGAAUAAACUUGAUACUUUAGUUUUCAAUACCAUUCUUCGAAAAGCCUGUGAAAAGGAACUGAUUGAUGUAGUUGAGUUUCUUGUUGAGUGGAUGCACCAAGAAAAAAUCCGGCCUGAUUCGGGGACGUGCUCUUCUGUUUUCACUGCAUAUACGAACUGUGGUUUUUAUAGCACAGCCAUGGAAGCAUUGCAGGUUUUGAGUAUGCGUAUAAUAUGUGACGAAGAUGGAAGCUGUUCAGAAAAGACAAAAUUUGAGGACGACUAUAUCUUUGCUGAAGACGAGGGAGCUGAAUCCCGUAUAAUCCUGCAUUUUAAAGAUUCUAAAGAGGACUUGGCUGUUGCCCUACUGAAUUUAAGAUGGUGCGCGGUGCUUGGCUUCCCAAUUUCUUGGUUGCCUGAUCAAAGCCCGUGGGCAAAAAGACUCUCAACUAACUAUACUGCCAGGAUAGGAGCUACCUAAUAGGGGGAACACUGAUUGUCGCAUGGCAAGGGUGAUCCAUUGUUGUACUACAAUCAGAAAAAGCUCCUCGACCGCAAAAGGCACCUAUCAGCCCUUGAUGAGGCCACACUGCAACUAACCAAUUUUAGAUAAAUAGCACUAACCAGGAAGGUCUAAAGUCAAACAAAACAAAAUCACUGAUUUCUUAGAUUUAUUUUUAGGCUACACUUUGAGAAAACUAGGUGAACCGAGCAGAAAGGAACACAAUAUUUAGGCAAUUUUUGGUUGUACAGAAUUCUUGGCUCGGUAGGGAUAAUGGGAUUUACCCUUGGAUUUGUUAGCAGUAGGUUUCUUGUAAAAAGAUAGUGUGCAUUAUGAGAUGGAUGCAUGCUUUGGUGUUAAAUCAAACCAUGAGACUAUGGGACUACUGCUAUUUUUCCGGUCAUUUUACUUCUGUUAGGGGGGCUUAUUACUGAUUAUUCAGGAGCCAUGUUUAA